AUGAAUACAGCCAAUGAUACUUUAGUAUUAACUAAUGUUUCAUUAAACAAUACUAUUAUAUAUCCUACUUUAUCAGCAGUGAACUUAUCAUAUUCAUUUCAGUUUUGGUUUGCACUCUUUUUGCAAAUUCCAUCUGUAAUAUGUUAUGUACUUAUUCUCACAUAUAUUCUCACUAAAAAAACUGAACGUCAAGCUCUUCAUAAUCAUUCAAUAUUGGUUCUUCUUGUCCUUUCUUUCUCUAUUGUAUUAUUUGAUUUCUCUUGGAGAAUAGAUAGUUACCGUCGUCAAGGAAACGUUUGGCCACAAGUGCCUUUUCUAUGUGAAGUAUGGUGGUUCAUUGAGUUUGGUUUGUAUGAUGCAUGUACAGUUAUUUUGGCUUGGUCAUCAUUUCAACGUCAUAUUCUUAUUUUUCAUUCAAAUCUAGUUUCUACAAAACGAAAACGAUUAUUUAAUCAUUAUUUGCCUUUAACAUUUAUCUUUAUAUAUUUAAUUAUUUAUUACAUCUAUGUUACUUUCUUUCCACCCUGUGAAAAUCAGUAUGAUUUUACAUCGCCUAUAUGUGGAGCUUUUCCAUGUUAUUUUUCAGUUUCAAAAUUGGAAAUAUGGACUGUAUUUGCUCAUGGCGUUACAGCAACUUUACUUGUUGCAAUAUUCAAUAUUACAUUACUUGUUCGUGUUUUAUGGCAAAGACAUCUUCAUCGUCAUGACUGGAAAAAAUGUCGAAAAAUGGCAUUUCAAUUAUUAUCAGUGUGUACACUUUAUCUUUCAUUGAAUUUGCCAUUGAUGCUUGUAGCCAUGGUGAAACUAAGUGGAUAUCCUGAUUUUGCUACUGAAUUCCAACUUUAUUUAGUGUUCUUUACUAAUAUAAUUCAAUAUCUUUUGCCUUUCGUAUGUCUCAUAUCUUUACCAGGUAUAUGGGUAAAAAUAACAACACUUUUUACAUGGAAUACUCGACGAGUUAUGCCUAUAUCAACAAUUGGCAAUGUUAAAAAUCGACAAGUAUGA